AGUAAGUCCCAAUACCUCUAGAAAAGGUUCUCAUGCCAUAAACAGUGAGUUAAAGUUCAACUGAAAUAUGACGACUUUUCUACUAAUAUGUAUUGCCUCUCCGGCGGCUUUGGUUGUUCUUAUGUACGUCAUUGAUAGAUUAAUAUCUCCUAAGAAGUUCAAUCCAAAAAAUGCUCAUAUUCUGAUUACAGGCGCAUCCAGCGGUAUCGGAAGGUCACUUGCGAUUGAAGCAGCAAAAUCAGGGGCUCAUUUAACACUUUUAGCAAGAAAUGAGGCGAGGCUUUCAGAAACGAAAACAAUGUGUGAGAAAGCAGCUAAAUCAGAUAAACUUAAUAUUCUCUGCGUUUUGUGUGAUAUAACUGAUGAUUACGACCAAAUUGAAAGAUGUGUUGAAGAUUCUGUGAAAAAAAUGGGUAAUAUUUCCAUGUUAAUUAAUUGUGCAGGAACGUCGACUUCUGGUCGUUUUGAUUCGUUGGAAUUUUCAUAUUUUAAGAGUUUAAUGGAUAUAAACUAUAUGGGAAGUGUUAAAGUUACUCGUGCAGCGCUGCCAUCAAUUAAAAAGGUAGAUAACGGUCGAAUUGUUUUCGUUUCAUCAGUAGCUGGUCAGGUUGGAUUGUUUGGCUAUACAGCUUACUCUGGUUCGAAAUUUGCUUUGAGAGGAUUAGCUGAAUGUUUACAAAUGGAAUUGAAUCGGUAUAAUAUUAGAAUAACUAUAGCUCAUCCGCCUGAUACAGAGACGCCUGGAUUUGAGGAGGAAAAUAAAGUGAAGCCGGAAGAGACUCGACUUAUAUCGGAGGCUGCUAAACUUUUUCAGCCUGACGAAGUAGCGAAAUCUAUUUUCCAAACUGCCAUUAAGGGAAAAUUUCUACAAAGCAUUGGUCUCGACGGUUAUUUUACCAAAAUCGCGACUUGCGGAUUUGGACCCUCAACAUCGAUUUUGGAAAGUGCUCAACAAGUUGUGUUGCUACCUAUUGUUAGAGUAGUUAGCUUGUGCUACUUAUACUACUUUAGACGUUUAGUCGACCGUAUUGCUAAAGAAUCAAUGGACAAAAAGAAACAAUAA